UCAUUACAAGUCCUUCUUUCUUGGGUCUUGGGGACAAUGGCGAGCCACAAUACUUUCAUUCAUCUUCUUCUUCUUGUUCAUUUUUUCCUUCAAGCCACAGCUUUUGCAAACUCUAGGACUGCUAAUCAGAGUUUCAGUGCGGCUUGCAUUGAGGAGGAGAGGAAGGCCCUCCUUGAAUUCAAAAAAGGCCCUUUUCAAGGGCUUCCUUCUUGGGUUGGGGAAGACUGCUGCAACUGGUAUGGCAUAGCCUGCAGUAACCAAACAGGCCAUGUCAUCUCGGUAGACCUCUCCUUGUAUGCACCCUCUGUUCCAGUUCCGAAAUCAAUUGGAAACCUGUCACAUUUGCACAUCUUAAACCUCUCAGGAUAUGCCUUCUCCGGUCCACUGCCAACGUCAAUAGGAAACCUGCCACAUUUGCAGACCUUGGUGCUCUCAGAAACUGCAAUCUCUGGUCCACUUCCGGCGUCAAUAGGAAAUCUGUCACACUUGCAGACCUUGGUGCUCUCAAGAAAUCGAAUCUCUGGUCCACUUCCGAAAUCAAUUGGAAACCUGUCACAUUUGCAUUUCCUAACCCUCUCAGGACAUGCCUUCUCCGGUCCACUGCCAACGUCAAUUGGAAACCUGCCACAUUUGCAGACCUUGUUGCUGUCAGGAACUACAAUCUCUGGUCCAAUUCCGAAGUCAAUAGGAAACCUGCCACAUUUGCAGACCUUGGUGCUCUCAGACACUGCAAUCUCUGGUCCAAUUCCCAAGUCAAUAGGAAACCUGCCACAUUUGCAGACCUUGGUGCUCUCAGACACUGCAAUCUCUGGUCCAAUUCCCAAGUCAAUAGGAAACCUGCCACAUUUGCAGACCUUGGUGCUCUCAGAAACUGCAAUCUCUGGUCCAAUUCCCGAGUCAAUAGGAAACCUGUCACAUUUGCAGACCUUUGUGCUCUCAGGCAAUGCAAUCUCUGGUCAACUUCCUACUUCUAUAGGAAAUAUGGACCUCUCAAUCAAUGUAAUUUCUGGUCCAAUUCCGAAGUCAAUAGGAAGCCUCCCACGGUUGCAGAUACUUCACCUCUCACACAAUACAAUCUCCGGUCCCCUUCCGAUGUCUAUAGGCAAUUUGUCACAUUUGCAGGCUCUGGACCUCACAGAAAAUGCAAUCUCUGGUCCACUUCCCACAUCAAUAGGAGAUCUGGCAAAUUUACGCAUGCUGGCCCUUUCUGACAACUUAAUCUCCAGUCCACUACCCACGUCAAUAGGAAAUCUGUCAUGUUUACAGAUCCUGGACCUUGCUGGAAACCCAAAAUUGAAUGGAACCAUUCCAGAAAGUAUUGGACAACUUAGCGAAUUGACAGGGUUGUUCCUUCGGAGUGAUUCACGGGAUGGGAUCAUAUCUGAAAAUCAUUUCCAGAACCUCACAAAAUUGAUACAGUUUGAUUUAUCAUGUCCUGCAUCUAACUCUCUUGUUUUCAACGUCAGUCACAACUGGAUUCCUGUUUUCAAUCUUUCGUCUCUUUCUAUCACUGAUUGCAAGCUAAUGAGCCCUGCAUUUCCAGCAUGGCUGAGAACUCAAGCAUUCCUUACUAAUAUAAACCUCUCAAAUGUUGGAAUUUCAGACACAAUACCUGAUUGGUUUCCGAGAAUUUCACCAUUCCUUGAACAGGUGGAUCUUUCUAAGAACCAGUUAAGGGGAAGGCUUCCUAAAUCGGUAAAUUCUCUUCUAAAGGAGGUUUAUUUGGAUAUCAACAGUUUGGAGGGUUCCCUUCCACUUUGGCCAAAUGUAACGGAUCUCAACUUGGCAAGCAAUAGAUUUUCAGGACCAAUACCCUUGAACAUUGGCAAUCAGAUGCCAAUGUUGUCUAGUCUAGAUCUUUCAAGGAAUAAUAUACACGGUACUAUUCCCCUUUUUGGGAAUAGCACUAGUUUGGUUGCUCUUGACUUCUCAAGAAAUUAUUUAUCAGGAAGUAUUCCUAUGGAUUGGUCAGGUUUAACAGACCUCAGGUACCUAGAUCUUUCCAAUAACAAUCUAUCUGGCCAACCCUUCACCAUGUGCUCGCAACUACCAACUCUUCGAUGGUUGAGAUUAAGCAACAACAACUUUUCCGGGGAGCUUCCAGUGUUCUUGCAACUAUGUCAAUCGCUGGCUGCACUGGAUCUUUCAGGAAACAAAUUCUCCGGGGCCUUACCAGAGUGGAUUGGAGAAAGCCUAUCGUCAUUGUCAUAUCUACUUCUAGGAGCAAACAUGCUUACUGGAAAUAUACCUCAGCAGCUAUGUGGUCUCCCCUAUCUUCAGGUUUUAGACCUUUCUCAUAAUAAUUUAUCAGGUUCCAUCCCUAGAUGUCUUGGCAAAUUGGAAAGACUGACAAAAGUAGAGUUGGAAGAACUGACAAUAGGAAAUGACCUGAUCCAUUUAAAUCCUAUGCAUAUGGACUUAAAUGUCAAAGGAGUAGAAUAUGAUUAUACUGCAUAUCUCGUAAAACUACUAACCAAGAUAGACCUAUCAAGUAAUAAUCUAUGGGGAGAAAUACCGAAAGAGAUGACAAAUCUCACUGCCUUGGGUAGCUUGAAUUUGUCACAUAACCAUUUGACUGGAAAGAUACCAGAUGGUAUCGGAAGUUUACAUCUGUUAGAAGCUCUUGACCUCUCUAGUAACCAUCUAUUCGGUCCAAUUCCUUCAAGCAUGACCUCCAUGACUUCACUAAGCAAAUUGAACUUGUCACAUAACAACUUUUCUGGGCCAAUUCCAUCAACCAACCAGUUCCUUACCUUCAACGAUCUAACCUCAUUUGAAGGGAACUCAGGGCUUUGUGGGCAGCAAUUGCCAACCGAAUGCAGCUCAUCCUCCAACAAUGAUAAGGAUCCGGAGGUUGAAGAAGAUAAGUACGAAAAAAUAUGGUUGUAUGGAAGCACAGGAUUCGGGUUCAUUGUGGGAUUUUGGGCUGUGUUUGGCAGCUUGGUGAUAAAGAGGUCAUGAAGACAUGGUUAUUUCAAGUUUCUUGACAAGAUGAGAGAUAUGCUCUCCUUCUGGUAAUCGAUCAAAGUGAAGAAAGGUUCAACCUUCGAAGAUGAUCAAGUUGAAACGACUGGAAGAUAUAACAACUAGUUAUUUUUAUCUGUACUUUAGACCAGUUGGGUGUAGUGAAUUGUAUGUUUUAUGGGCAUGAUGUGAAAUUUGAAUGAGAAAUAAAUAAAACAGAGAAGUAACUUUUUAUAUGUA